AUGGCCUUGGCAGCUCCUCUCUCCUUCAUCUUCCUCUUCGUCUGCUGCUCCGUCGGGGGAGCCUCCGCGGACGGCGGCGGCUGGCAGAACGGCCACGCCACCUUCUACGGCGGCGCCGAUGCAUCGGGCACGAUGGGUAAGCCUGAUGAGAAUAAUGCAGGCCGGGAGAUGUCGCGAGGACACUCGUACUUACCGCUUCCGCGGAAUGUUUUCUGAGUCUGCAGGCGGGGCCUGCGGGUACGGCAAUCUUUACAGCCAGGGAUACGGGACGAACACGGCGGCGCUUAGCACCGCCCUCUUCAGUAGCGGGCUCAGCUGCGGCUCCUGCUACGAGAUGAUGUGCACUGGCGACCCCAAGUGGUGCCUACCGGGGUCCAUCGUGGUGACCGCCACCAACUUCUGCCCGCCCAACUUCGCGCUGGCCAACGACAACGGUGGCUGGUGCAACCCGCCGCUGCAGCACUUCGACCUUGCCCAGCCCGCCUUCCUGCAGAUUGCGCAGUACCGCGCGGGGAUAGUGCCAGUGUCCUUCAGGAGGUGAGAACGGCGACCCACAGCUCCCAUCCACCACCGCCGCUAUUCCCUCGCCUCCAAAAAUGCUCCCCGCUCACGCUUCUCCAUGUCCAUGCAUAGAUUUCUUUACUUGUACGACUUAGAUGUCUAGUCUUCCUCGAAAAAGUGAUUCGAUUGACGGGAAUUGGUGUGAUACUAAUGAGAUCAACGAUUCUGAUAUUUACAGGGUGCCGUGCGCGAAGAAGGGAGGGAUACGGUUCACCAUCAACGGCCACUCCUACUUCAACCUCGUCCUCAUCACUAACGUCGGCGGCGCCGGCGACGUCCACGCCGUCUCCGUCAAGGGCUCCGGCUCCGGUUGGCAGGCCAUGUCCCGGAACUGGGGCCAGAACUGGCAGAGCAACGGCUACCUCAACGGCCAGAGCCUCUCCUUUCAGGUCACCGCCAGCGAUGGGAGGACCGUCACAAGCUACAAUGUCGCCCCCUCCGGCUGGCAGUUUGGCCAGACCUUCGAGGGGGCCCAGUUCUAG